AUGACAUCAACCGCAGUCCUCUCUCGACUCAAAUUCAACAACACAUUAAUCGCAUCCCUCCUUCCCAUCAUCCAUCAUGCACUGAAAUUUCCAUUGGCUAUCAAGGGCUUUAAGAUGGCCCUCAUCUUCGCAGUUCUGCGGUACAUCAACCGCACUCUGUCUCAGUGGUCGCUGAAUAACUGGCAAUCCGUACCGCCGUUCAAGUCAGAAGAUGAAGUCGUCCUGAUCACAGGCGGAAGCAGCGGAAUUGGGAAACUGGUCGUGCAAGAUCUUGCUCGACGCGCGAAGGGUAUCAAGAUUUUGAUUCUGGAUAUCCAGGAGCCGGAAUAUGAUCUGCCGCCCAACACAUACUUCUAUAAAACAGACAUCACAUCCCGAGAAAUCCUCAGAGAAACAGCCACCAAACUCCGAAAGGAGCAUUCACAUCCUACAAUCCUCAUCAACAAUGCAGGGGUCAGUUUCAUGGCCACCAUCCUCGACAAGCCGGAGGAGCACAUCCUCACCACCUUCGCGGUGAACAACGUCGCGCAUUACUGGACUGUCAAGGAAUUCCUACCGGAUAUGAUCAUCAAGAAUCACGGACACAUCGUCUCGGUGUCGAGUCUAGCGGGUUUCAUUGCUGCGGGUGAAAUGGCUGAUUACGCCGGGACGAAAGCAAGUGUGGUUGCGUUUCACGAGUCGUUGAGACAGGAGUUGAAGUUUUGGUAUAAGGCUCCUAAAGUUCGGACUAGGUAUGUCAUCCAUUAUUCUCUGGAGAGUACUAUGUAUGUAUGUAUGCUUAUGGCCAGUGUAAUCCAUCCUAUCUGGGCACGAACGCCCAUGACUGAAGUUGUGACUGAGACAGGCACACCAUUUCGUCAGUUGGUGAUAGAUGCAAGAGAGAUCUCCAAGGCGAUAGUGAAUCAGAUUCUGAGUCAGAAUAGUGGGCAGGUGGUUGUUCCAUCUCGGGUUUCGUUCUUGAGUAUGCUGCGUGCAUUUCCGCAUUGGCUACAGGAGAUGGUGAGGGAUGGUGUUUCUAGAGAUGUCAAGGAGGUGAUGGACAUACGAGAGAAGAAUAAAUAUUAG